AUGAGUAGAACAAGUCAGCUGGCGCUAUUGGCUGCCGAAGAGUGUCUCGAACAAGCCGGAUUCGACGAUUCUUUCGACCACACGGAGACGCUGGUAAAUGUGGGAACUGGAGUUGCAGACCUGGAACACAUUGGCGAGGCGACGAAACUGAUUGCUAGCGGGCAAGCCCGUCGAGUCUCACCAUACUUUGUGCCGAGAAUCCUCAACAAUCUACCGACAGGCUACAUUUGUAUGAAG